AUGGCCCGGCGCAUUCGAGUGCUGCUGCUCAGCGGCAGCUACGUGAUGCUGGAGGUGGAGGAGCACUCCACGGUUUCAGAGCUCCGUGCAAAAGCAGAGAAGGAGCUUUGGGAUCAGAAGUUGCUGGAUCCCGCUGCCCACCUGCGCUGGCUGGUCACUGCUGCCGGCCUGCGGCUCCCAUGGGCAGAGACUCUCGGAAAUCUCAGUUUCGGGGACGAGGAUACUUUGACGGGUGUUACCAUGAGAAGUCGGACGGUGAAGUCUGGCCCUGCAUACGCCGAGCUGGUUGGCGAUGGCACAGUGAGGACCUGGGGCAAGGCCUCGAAGGAAGGCCCUGGAGUGGAUCACGGCCUUCGCGAAGUGAUUGACCUCUACGGCUCGGACGACGGCGCUUUCGCGGCACUGCGCGAGGACGGCUCGGUCUUCACCUGGGGUCACCCAUCCAAGGGCGGCGACAGCUGGGUUGUGCAGCAUCAGCUUCACGAUGUGCAGACGAUUCAGGCUACUUCUUUCUCGUUCGCUGCGCUGCGGUCUGAUAAUACCGUGGUGACUUGGGGUCAUCCCGAUCGAGGAGGCCUUGUAAACGGUACCAACGAGCUUGCCGACGUCAAGCAGAUCCAGGCUACCUUCCGUGCCUUCGCCGUCAUUCGCUUAGAUGGCUCCGUGACGACUUGGGGCGAAGCAACCUUCGGUGGUGACAGCCAAACGGUCUCCGAGCGGCUCAACGAUGUCAUCCAGAUUGAGGCAACCGGUGGCGCUUUUGCAGCACUGACACAGGACGGAAUCGUGGUGACCUGGGGCAUGGAGCUCGCAGGGGGUGAUACGGCGGCCUUCCGGCACGAGCUCAGAGGCAUCUCGAAGCUGAGCGCCGGCUCCUUGGCCUUCGCCGCACUGCGUGAGGAAGGCAGCGUUGUCACCUGGGGCCAUGCCCAGUUCGGCGGAGACAGCCGCGCCGUCCAAGACAGCCUCAAGGAUGUCAGGGACCUUGUGGCAACUGGCGGCGCCUUUGCCGCUCUUCUGGCUGAUGGAUCGGUCGUGGCCUGGGGCUUCGCCGAGUGCGGAGGUGACAUCUCCGAGAUACGCGAACAGCUGCAAGGCGUGCGGCAGCUCGCAAGUGAGCCGCCCUGCAACUUCGUGGCCACGCUCUCAAACGGCGGCACCGUCCGCUGGGGAGCCGACUCUGUACCAGUGGCCCUGUAUUUCGCAGUUCGCAGCCUGUCGGUGACCGGCGCCCCACUCGGCUUCGACUUUGCAAUCAGCUGCCUGGCGGUGUCGCCUAGCGUGGUCUUCGACCGCUGCGAGGGCCGGGGCCGGUCUGCCGUGCUCCUGGCAAGGGAUGGCGAACUUCCGGCAGGGGCGAUCUCUGUGCCACUCUUCGUCACCAAUGCAGCACGAACGCCUUCUGCAUCUGCGGAGGGUGGUGUCGGAAACACCUGGGUCCUGGAGUCGUUCGUGGACCUUCAGAACACGUCGGCCGUCCUUGCUGCCCCGGCAGACCUGGCGCGCCAGCGGUCACAGGUGCCCGGUUACGAGAUUCGCGAUCUCCUCGAGGCGACGAUCGGCGGAAAUACGCAGCGCGCUGUAGUCACGACCAUCUUCGUGUGGUUCGUGGCCUCGCAGUUCCUCGACAUUGGCUCUGCAGUGGAACUACAUGCGCCGCCAGGAUACGAGCUUCGCUGCAACCCGCGGGUGCAAUACAUCAGCCUCCCGGCUGGCUCCUGCACCCUCAUCUCAGGCGUUACUUCCACCACCGGCGACGUGUUUCAUCAGUAUCUGUCGUUGGCUUUGACAUUGCCGGGGCAGCAAGUGUACCCCAACACUGCCUACGAGUUCGGGGUGGCAGCGGUCAAUCCAAGUACUGCUGCGACACCGAACUUCUGGGGCCUGGUGUUGCGGAAGCCUGGUGGCGAAGUGGCCGACUCUAUCCGCACACUGCCGGGCUACGAUCUUACGGACUUUCAACUCGACGUGCAGACCCCGCUGCCUUCCUCCACGCGGCCUGCCGUUGUGAGCUUCGUCCGUGUCACGCUCACUUUUGCAAGGGAGCUUGCGCCCGGACGAGUUGCGCACAUCUCGAUCGUGGCACCGGCUUCUACCAAGGUGUUGUGCCAGCGCCUGCGCGACCUGUCUGGUGGAGGUAACAGCGCCGAGGCUUUGCCUCUGGAUUCGAGCAUCGGCACCUAUGGAACGCACACCUGCCAACUCCAGAACUCGGUGACGAUGCACCUGCUGCUUUCACGACCGAUUUUGGCCGCGAGUUAUCUGAUUGAGCUGGGUGUCCUCAACCCAGGCAUUCGGGCUGCCAAGGAUUUCUGGACGCUGGAGCUUAUCGAGGAGGUCAUGGAGUGGCGAACGGCACCUGCCGUCCUUCAAAUUCAGGUCCCUGGCUUCGGCGUGUCCAACCCCUUCGCCGGGGUCGACAUCGCGGCCAUCGCCAAUCAGGCCGCGGUCAAGGCUGCUGCUCUGUCGCUGCUGGUGACAUUCCAGCAUCUUCUCGUCCCGUGUGUCUCGAAGCCAUGGCUAUCCAGGCCUCGAGCCCACAAUGGAGGCAGCUGGGCUGCUGAAAGCUGCUUUUACCUGGUCAUACCGCGCCCGGCGAAGUGCCCCCGUGGUCGAGGUGGGCCCUAG